CAGAUAUAUUUUAUAUUGUACAUCGAAUGCUAAAUUUCUACGUUGACACCGAAGAUCUUGUGGCGAAUAACUAAAAAGGCACUUUAUAUACAUAUCCAAUAAUAUCUGAAGAAAUACCCGAUAUAUGAAAAACUUUGCCAUCAACAAAAUUAAGAUAACGAAUUGGCUCGAGGGCGAGAUAGGCGCGCCAAACCGCGCGGUCAGUAGUCAGCCGACACGCCGCGUGUGCAGUUGAAAUGUAAAGUGUCGACAGCGUUGAAGGCGGAUUAGCGUCAAAGCGACAAAAAACAAACGGCCAGAGUGAGCGGCCGAACUUCCAUACUUAUGUACAUAUGUAUGUAGUGUAUGUGUCAAUUACUCAACGUGUAAUGUAGUGUGACGCGUAUCGAAUUAGUUGCGAACUGUAAAGUGAGAAUGCACAACGGACGGUAGCUACUAAAAAGAUAAACUUGAAAAAAAAAAAUUAAAGUAAAAAUUCUUGCGUUCCAAAUACAACGGAUUACACAAAUGAUUAUGAAAUGAAAUGUGACAACUUGCAACAUUUUGCGGCGACCAACAAUGUAUGCAACGAAAUAUGGCCUGCAACAGGCAAACCGGCAAAUGCAACACAAUGCCGCUACUACGGUGCGCCAUGCGACAAUUUGACAAGAGCUAGCAAGCGAAAUGGGCACAGCGCAUGCGCAAAUGAAAAGUGUUGAGUAUAUAAAAAUUUGGAAACAUAUCAAAUGGCGGCGCGACCAUAAACAUACAGAAGCAUUAAAGGUGUCAAACAAGUAGAGAGACUUGUUGUUGGUAGCGGACAGCGUGAGCAAGCGGGCAGUGUGAAAACUUUGUGCGUUAAAAAGUGGCAGUUUUUUAAAACAAAAAUAUUAUUUUAGAAAUUGUAAAGAAUAAAAAAAAAAAAAUUGAAACGCGAGUGUUUGGUGUGAAUUUUGUCUACUUCGAUGCUUGUGUGAAAGCUAAAAAAAGUAAAAUUACAAAAAAAAAAAACAAAAAAAAUAUUGGAAUGUAUAAAAGAAUAUAUUUUAUCAAAACGUAAAAUUAGAAAAAAUAAGCAUAACGGAUUUUAACAACAUAUAAGCCAUAAAAUAUAUACAAAUAAGCUACAUUACAAAAGCUGCAGCUUAAAAGUGUCAUGAGAUUUUUUCAAUUCUAAAAUACAUUAUUCCAAGUGCCGUACUUAAUUUUUUGCGCAUAUUUGUAACCCACUGUUGUGAUCAAUUAUUAGCAAUAAGUAAAUGAAAAUUAAUUUGCGCACUAAAAGCUGAAGAAAAGAAAUUGUUGUUAAGCUUUUAACUCCAUAAAUAGCUACCGUAAGUGAAAGCUUCAGCAAAAGCGUGAAGGUUUUGUUAAAACCGAAAAAUUUCAGCAAAGCCGUGAAAGCUCCGUCAAAAACGUAAAAGCUUCAACAAAAUCGUGAAAGCUCCGACAAAAUUGUGAAAGCUUCGAUAAAACGUGAAAACUUCGAUAAAACGUGAAAUCUUAAAUAAGACGAGAAAGCUUCAACAAACGUGUGAAAGUUCCGCCAAAAUCGUGAAAACUUCGUUAAAACUUGAAAGCUUUAGCAAAGCCGUGAAAGUUUGCAUAAAACAUGAAAUCUUAAAAACAAACUAAAGUUGCAAAAAGCGCGUGAGGCCUUCGACAAAAUCGUGAAAGCUCCGACAAAAUCGUGAAAGCUUUGAUAUAACGUGAAAGCUUGUAUAAAAGUUGAAAUCUUCAAUAAAAAGAGAAAGCUUUAAUAAACGAGUGAAAUCUCCGCGAAAAUCGUGAAAGCUUCGUUAAAACUUGAAAGCUUCAGAAAAGCCGUGAAAGUUUGCAUAAACGUGAAAUCUUAAAAAAAAAUGCGAAAAGCGUGUGAAAGCUUCGAUAAAACAUGAAAACUUAAGCAAAGCCGUGAAAGCUUAAAUAAAACGUGAAAUCUUAUAUAAAAAAAAAAAGAUUUUAAAAACGUAAGAAAGCUUCGAAAAAAUCGUAAACGCUUCUGCAAAACGUGAAAGCUUCUUAAAACUAGUAAAAAGCUUUAUUGAAACGUGAAAGCUUCAACAAAGUCUUAAAAGCUUCAAUAAAACGUGGCAGCUUCAACAAACUCGUGAAAGCUUAAAAAAAUCGUGAAAUCGUAAAUUAAAAGAGAAAGCUUCAACAAACGAGAAAGCCUCACAAAACUAGUAAACGCUUCAAUAAAACGUGAAAGCUUCAGCAAAGUCAUGAAAACUUCACAAAAAUCGUGAAUGUUCAACUGUGAAACGAAAGCAAUACAGCUUUGAAACAUAUCUGAAAUAAAGCGCUGCAGCAAAGGAAACCGUUACGACAUACGCAAACCAGCAACACCACCACCGAGCGAAGGUUCCAAACAAACACAAAAAAGAAAACAAGAAACAAAAAACAAACCGUAGCUUAAAACAAAACCCUCAACCGCAAAAAAUUACACAGCGAAAAAAUUAAACGUGUGGCAACAACAACAACAGCACAACGUACCAAAUGACAAUAUCAAAUCGUUUGAAUCGCAGACGAAACAUCAACAUCAACAAUAACAACGGUGACAACAGCAACACCGCCGAUACUGAAUUAUUGCUGGCAGGAGCAACAACAACAAAACCAUCAGAGAGCUCCGCAAGCGGACGCAUUAAACGCGCUCGUCGUUUAGUUACAGCCGUCAAAAUGACAGCGCUCAACCAACAGGCGACAGACGAUAUGACAACUACAACAACAACAACAACAAGAGAGUUGCAUACUGACAGCGCUACAAUGAACGGGAAUGCGGCGGACAACGGCAGCGCGCGCAUCAGCAGCAAGUUUUUGCCCGGGAAGUCGCUCAAAUAUGAGCGUCUCAUAAAUCAACCGAAAAAUGUCGGUACAACAGCAACAGCAAAAACGCUAACAAAAGCAAUUGAUGGCAUGACAUCCGAAGCGGCGCUAAAUACUAACGGUAAUGAGUGGCCGCCACAGCAGCAACAACAACAACACUGGCGUUUGCAAGAUGAGGCCACAGCAGCGUUGUCCUCGUGGCACGAUGCCCAUUCAUCGUCAACGCCCGCAACAGCGACGACCGCGGCGGCAAUGAGGAAUUGGCAAGCACAUUCGGAAGGCGCGGAAACGCAUUUAUCACCAGCAGUCAACGGCGUGGAUGUAGUAAAUGCGAAUGCCAAAGCGCCUGUGAAAAUGCGGAGCCGCCGUGCCAAUGGUGGCAGUGGUGGCCAUAGUUGGAGUGGCAAUUAUCAACAGCAGCAUCCGCAUACGCCACAGCCGCAACCAACGACGACAACACCGACAACUCUGGUGGCGGGGGCUACAAUAAAACCAACACUGUCCUCGGCGCGCACACAAAGCCAAACCGUUAACAAUGGUGGUGGUGGCGGCGUUGGCGUCGACGGCGGCUUUGGCAACAUGACCGGUAAUGGCAACAGUUAUGUCAGCGGUAAUAAUGUGAAAUAUUUUGGCAAUGGCGUCGACUAUAAUGGCGCAUCUGCGUCCGACACGGUGGCCCUGCUCAGCGCGUUGCCAACGGAACACGGUGAACAGCAACAGCCGACCACGAAUUGGCACAGCAACAGUGCCAACUUAACGCGCAGCACUAAAGGUUUCUACUACAGCGCCGUCGACGACAGCGUUGCUGACUUCGAUGCAAAUUACACGUCGCAAGCGCCAUCCGCGUCCGAUUCGCCGCUGUAUUACUCAUCAGCUGCGUCGUCUGCGCGUUCCGCCUCCUCACCCGCCGCUUUCUACAUGUCCAACGGUGCCGCGUCCACUUCGCCGUCCAGGUCGGGGUCGGGGACGGGCUCUGCGCACGGGUCAUCAUCCGCGGCCGUUGCAUUGGCAUGUAAUUGUUGCAGUAAUUUAAUUGCCCGCUGCUGCUUCGGCAUGCCACUGCUGAAGGCAAUCAACGUGCGGCGCUGUGUGUUGGCAUUGUUCGCCAUAACGGUCGUUACGAUUUUUUACUACACUCAUUACGUCGAUACGGGCGUUUUUGUCGGUUUAAUUCAGCGUGACACCCGACCCUCACCUCUCAUCAACUGUCGAAUGGUUAGCGGGAAGCACACACGCGAAUCAUCACGAGCGCCCGAUCAUCGCUCCGAGGCGCGGCUGCGCAUCGAUCCGAAGGUGUUGGUGUUCGUGGAGACGACCUACUCAGGACUCGGGCGAGAUAUUGCCGAACUAUUGGUCUAUAAUAGAAUUAAGUACAAAAUCGAAGUGGCCGGCAAAAGUCUUCCUGUGUUAACGAAUCUCGACAAGGGCCGCUACGGCGUGAUCGUUUUCGAAAAUCUCGAUAAAUACUUGAAUAUGGACAAAUGGAAUCGUGAGCUACUGGAUAAAUACUGUCGUGAAUACUCUGUCGGCAUAGUUGGUUUUGUCAGCCCGAGCGAGGAGACUUUGGUGGCGGCGCAGCUGCGCGGUUUUCCGCUCUACAUACAUACGAAUUUGCGCCUGCGUGACGCCAGCCUCAAUCCCGCCUCGCCAGUGUUGCGUCUGACGCGUGCCGGUGAGACGGCGUGGGGCGCUUUACCCGGCGAUGACUGGGCCGUCUUCCAACACAACCACACCACCUACGAACCGGUUGAAUGGGCGCAGCGCAAUACGCAGGAUUUUCCAUCGGACAGCGGUGGCCAAGUGCAAUUACCCCUCACCACUGUGCUGCAAGAUCAUGGCCAUUUUGAUGGCAUUCAGCGCGUGUUCUUCGGCAGUAGUUUGCGUUUCUGGCUCCACCGUUUGCUAUUUCUGGACGCGCUUUCGUACUUGAGUCAUGGUCAGCUGAGUUUAAGUCUUGAGCGUAUGAUAUUAGUGGAUAUCGACGAUAUUUUCGUGGGUGAGCGCGGUACGCGUCUGCGUCCGGACGAUGUGCAGGCACUGAUAGCCACACAGCGUAUUAUUGCGUCGAUGGUGCCGGGUUUCCGCUUCAACUUGGGUUUCUCCGGCAAGUUCUAUCAUCACGGCGAGCGCGAAGAGAAUUUGGGCGAUGACUAUUUGUUGCGUAAUGUGCAGGAAUUCAAUUGGUUCUCGCACAUGUGGAAGCACCAACAGCCGCACCUUUAUGACAAUCUGACUUUGCUUAUGUCAGAGAUGCAACUGAAUUACGCCUUUGCCAAGGAGCACAACAUACCCACUGACUCCGGCUACUCUAUAUCGCCGCAUCAUUCGGGCGUAUAUCCGGCGCAUGAAAUACUGUAUAUAGCGUGGAAGAAUAUUUGGAAUGUGAAAGUCACGUCCACGGAAGAGUACCCGCAUUUGCGACCCGCACGCUUACGGCGUGGCUUCAUACACCGCGAUAUAAUGGUGCUGCCACGGCAGACAUGUGGUCUCUUCACGCACACCAUGUACAUCGAUCGCUAUCCGGGCGGACGUGACAAGCUUGACGAAUCGAUACAGGGUGGUGAACUCUUCCAAACUAUAGUCUAUAAUCCGAUAAAUAUUUUCAUGACACAUAUGUCGAACUAUGGCUCGGAUCGGCUGGCUUUAUAUACGUUCCAAUCGGUAAUCAAGUUCCUGCAAUGCUGGACUAACCUGAAACUCAGCUCAGCGCCGCCCAUACAACUAGCGGAAAUGUACUUUCGCCUACAUCCCGAAGAAGUGGAUCCCGUUUGGGGUAAUCCGUGUGACGAUCCACGCCAUAAGAAAAUCUGGUCGAAAAAGAAAAGCUGUGAUUCAUUGCCCAAAUUUCUAGUGAUUGGUCCACAGAAAACGGGUACAACUGCACUCUACACAUUCCUCUCUAUGCACUCAAGCAUCACUAGUAAUAUACCCAGCCCCGACACAUUCGAAGAAAUACAAUUCUUCAAUGGCAAUAACUAUUAUCGUGGCCUCGACUGGUACAUGGACUUCUUCCCGUCCGACUCAAAUAGCAACACCACCGUGGCAACCCCAACGCGUUAUAUGUUUGAGAAAAGUGCGACCUAUUUCGAUGGUGAAGCGGUACCAAAACGUGCACACGCUCUCCUGCCGCAUGCAAAGAUCGUAUCGAUUCUCAUCUCGCCAGCGAAACGCGCCUAUUCGUGGUAUCAACAUCAGCGGGCGCAUGGUGACGCGAUCGCCAACAACUACAGCUUCUAUCAGGUAAUCACAGCCAGCGAUUCGGCGCCGAAAGCUCUAAAGGAUUUACGUAAUCGCUGCCUGAAUCCCGGCAAAUACGCACAGCACCUGGAGCAUUGGCUGGCCUACUAUCCCGCCCAACAACUGCAUAUCAUCGAUGGCGAACAGCUACGACUCAACCCGGUGGAUGUGAUGAACGAUUUGCAGCGCUUCCUCAAAAUACAACCGACGCUCGACUAUUCGAAUCAUUUGCGCUUCGAUGCGAAGAAGGGAUUCUUCUGUCAGGCACUCAGCGAGAAGCGCAAUAAAUGUUUGGGCAAAUCGAAAGGCCGUCAAUACCCGUCGAUGGACGAGCGCAGCGCCAAGCUGUUGCAGCGCUACUAUCUCAGCCACAACACAGCGCUGGUGAAGCUGUUGAAGAAGUUGGGCUCACGACCCAUACCACAGUGGCUGAAAGACGACCUCUCGACGGGCACGUGAUAGCUAAUGCAAUUCCGGCGACUGCGCAACAAGCUGCGAAAACAAUUCGAAAUGGUGUUUGUUAGACUCAAACAACAGACGGACACGAACAACGACAACGAAGUGUUAGAGGAGAACGAAACGCCUAAAACUAUACCAUACAGACAUCACAGACGCAACAGCUGGACGCGCUAUUAGCGGAGCACAGUCGUGUGGAGCAGCAGCCGCUUUAAAGAAUUGUAAAUUGCAAGUGUGUAGAGGAGAGGGGGUGAAAUGAAUUAAGCGUUUAGGCGUUGAAAGGAAAAAUGUGAAAUCAUUGAAGUCAAUAUCUAAUUUAAUGUAGCUACUAAAUCAUGCCUAUUGUGUAUCUAACUAGUUUAAGGCAAAACCACUAAAAAUCUGUUAUAUGUAAGUAUGUAUACGAUAAUGUAAAUCUAGUGUUAAGUCAAUAUAUGUAUAUGUAUGUAACUAUGUAUAUGUAAAUGUAUGCUAGGCAAAAUGGCGGCAGUCGAAAAGUCACUCGACUGCAUUUUAUGUAAUUAAAAAUUAAUAUACGCUUGUAUGCGUGUGACCAUAUGUGUGUACACAUGUAUGUGUUUAGUUUAUGUCAAAUGUGUAUAUAUGCAUACCCAACAACAUUAUAUGUAUAGAUAUUAGGUAACUAUGUGCAUAGUGUAUAGAUGUGUUAACGCCAUAUUACAUGUGUAAGUGUGUACAUAAACAUACAAACAUACGUACGUACAUUCAACCAUACAAAAAUGAAAUAAAUGAAUGUGUUUUAGUGACAGCUAAUGCAUACAUAUCUCAUAAGUACUGUAUAGUUGUUGUAAUAACUGUAAUCAGCAUCAGCUUUAAUUAUGUCGCUAAUUAUGUGCGAAGCAAAAAUAACAAAAAAAAUACAACAGCUUGACAGCAAACAAUACAAUGGACAAAAUUGAUUUGUAGCGUUGCCAGACGAUUCCAGAAUUAUAAUGUAAAUGAAAAUUUAUUUUUUUUACACACGCAUGUUUGGAGAAAAAAAGGUUUCUCGAGAAUAUAUAUAUGGCAGUGAUAAACGCCCUGCAUUAGCUAGUGUACACAGGGUGCUUCGUAAAAAAAUGCCGAAAAUGCUAACAAUCUUAAUUAAUCUCUAUGGAAAUUGUUGUUGAAAUUAAGUCGACGAAAUGUAAAAUAAAAUAUUUUUACUGAUAUAUCAUUUCUAACGGUA